AUGGCGGGGACUGAGAUCUCUGUCCUUCCUGAGCAGUUUACCCAAAUCAAAGAACUGGAGCUGAUACCAGAAAAAAUCCUGUUAGAGGAGGAAGAAGGUGGAGUGUGCAGGGGGAGGGAGCACCUGAGCCCCAGAGAUGGGGCCGUGGAAGCCCAGUGCCCCUACGGGCCCCUCCAGGCCAAGGUGCUGGAGGCCGAGCAGGAGCUGCCGGUCACCACGGAGGAGAGCGAGAAGCACAUUCUGACCCUGCAAACGGUACACUUCUCUGAAGAUGUGGAGCAGCAGGACAUGAGCUGGCUGACCCCGCAGCACCAGGAAGGGGUGCAGGUGAUGGUGCAGCAGGCCAGCGGUGGGCUGCAGUCUCUGCUGUGGCUGGGUGAGGGCUCCCAGCAGUGCGUGGCCUUUAGCAUCCAGGAGGAGGUGUACUCCCUGCAGAAGAUAGAGGUGAUGAAGCUGCACCUUCUGGAGGGCAGUGUGGCCAUGGCCAAUGAAGAAAGUAAGCUUGUGGUGAACCCGGCUGAAAGCACCAGAUUGGUCAAGCUCGAGAAAGGUCAGGAGGAGGACCAGCAGCCAGCUGAAGGAAGAUUCAAUGCACAAGCAGGAGAGCAGCUCUUUUUUGUGGAGGCGAAGCCGGGAGAUGAAGGAAGAGACGAAAUUGUUCUGACCAUUUCAAACUUAAACGUGGAAGAAGAAGAAGAAAAACCAGCAUCCAGUCAAGGACAUGUUGAAAAAGCCAAUUCUACAAAAAUCCAAAAAAAGGCGAAGGAAGUAAAACGAACCUUCCGCUGUGAUAUCUGCAUGUACACCUCUUCUCGAAUUUCAAGUUUUAAUCGUCAUAUGAAAAUUCACACGGCUGAAAAGCCCCAUAUGUGCCACCUUUGCCUGAAAGCUUUCCGCACCGUCACUCUACUGCGGAAUCAUGUCAAUACCCACACAGGAACCAGGCCCUACAAGUGUGGUGACUGUGAUAUGGCGUUUGUCACCAGUGGAGAACUUGUCCGACACAGACGUUAUAAACACACUCACGAGAAACCCUUUAAAUGUUCCAUGUGCAAGUAUGCCAGUGUCGAAGCGAGUAAGCUGAAGCGCCACAUCCGCUCGCACACCGGGGAGCGUCCCUUCCAGUGCCUCCUGUGCAGCUACGCCAGCAAGGACACCUACAAGCUGAAGCGCCACAUGAGGACGCACUCAGGGGAGAAGCCCUACGAAUGCCACGUGUGCCACGCACGCUUCACCCAGAGUGGCACCAUGAAAAUACACAUUCUACAGAAGCACAGCGAGAAUGUCCCCAAAUACCAGUGUCCGCACUGUGACACCAUCAUCGCCAGGAAGAGUGACCUGCGUGUCCACUUGAGCAACUUGCAUACUUACAAAGCCAUGGAGAUGAAGUGCCACUACUGUUCUUCUGUCUUCCAUGAACGCUAUGCCCUCAUUCAGCACCAGAAAACCCAUAAAAAUGAGAAAAGAUUCAAAUGUGAACACUGCAGUUAUGCCUGCAAGCAGGAACGUCAUAUGACCGUCCACAUACGUACCCACACCGGCGAGAAACCAUUUACCUGCCUCUCCUGCAAUAAAUGUUUCCGACAGAAGCAACUUCUAAACGUGCACUUCAAGAAAUACCAUGAUACAAAUUUCAUCCCGACCGUCUACGAAUGCCCCAAGUGUGACAAAGGCUUCUCCCGCUGGAGUAAUAUGCAGAGACACUUGGCGAAGUGCAGUGCGGGGCCAGGGAAGCCGGCUGCCUCGGGGAAAACAGGAAGGAUGAAGACCAAGCCGGCCGUCCCGAAAGAGGCGGCAGUAAAGAAAGACGGUAACUCAUUUUAAACAAACUACAUUUUAAUUUGAGAGUGAUUUUACCCGUGUCUCCCCCCGGGUGCUGAGUGUUACUGCGCAGGGCACCCACCCAGAAACCCGAAGUGCGGGGCCCCGACAGGUGCCUGGGCCUGGGCCCCGCUCUGUUGCUGCCCCCUGCCACCUCGGGGCACUGGCAUGGCGGGGGCGAUUGCUUCUGCACCUCCCAGAACUGCCGAGAGCCCCAGGGGGCGUCCACACCCCCCAUCAUGGGAUGGGGGCGGUCCUGGUGGGAGGGUCUAGCAAGGCUGAAGGCUGCCCCCUCUGGAAGCCCAUGGACUGUUGCCUGCGCCCGGUACCAUGUGCGUGUCCUGGGGCUGCUGCAACAGUGGCCACUCCCUCUUAGUUCUGGGGCCCCGACGUCCUACAUCAGGUGUCAAACCUCCCUCUGAAGGUUUUGGGGAGAUGCCCUCCUGCCUCUUCCAGCUUCUGGUGGCUCCAAGCAUCUCUUGGCUUGUGGACACAUCACCCGAGCCUCCCUCCCUGUUCUGUCUCUCCUCUUCUUUCCAAGGACACUUGUCCCUGGACGUAGUGCCUGCAAGAUCCAGGAUGUCUCAUCUUGAGAUCCUUAACCUAAUUAUAUGUAUUCAAAGAUCCUUAUUCCACAGGAAGUUACGUUCACAGGUGUUACGGGGUUAGGAUGUGGACAUAUCUCUUUGGGGGCCGCUAUGGGCAUCACAGUCUUUAUCCUCGGCCUCGGGGGG